ACAUGUGUGAGCACACAAAGUUGUCGUCUGCGUUCACUUUCCUCAGUGAGUCAAGUCAGAGAAACUCCCUGACUCACCUGCUUUUUGUGUGAUAGUGAAGUGAUGCCAACUCUCUGUAGACAUGGAUGUGUAUACCACAGGGAUGUCCAAACCUUUUCUACAAACGGCUACAGAAAAAUGGAAGGAUGCAGGGUGCCCACGUUUAGCAUUACAGAUGCAAAAAGUAAUCCCAUGUAGGUCAAUAUAUGCUAUGCUAUCUGAACAAAACGUGUUAAAAACAAUUGAGCUGAAAUGACUCCUGGCCUGCACUUGGGACACCCCUGUGCUAACCACACACCUUGCUGAGUCACAAAAGAGGCCUAUGCGGGCUCUCCUGGCUUAUUUAGCUGUUUCCAUGACACCGAGUAAAAAGACGAAGCCACCAGAUGUGGCCGACACACCGCAAGGUUUUCCCCGACAACCGCAGUGUUUCCGCUAGCCUGUAAUUAGCACAAAUAAAAAGCGGCAAUAAUGAUGUCACGGAUGAGCUGAUGGGGCGUUUUUCACGAGCCAGGAGUACAACUGCUUCCUUACGGCAGCCAAUCGGAUCGGGCGAUGUCGCUGUCUGACCUGUGACCCCGGCGUUAAUCAGAAGCAGGUUUGCGCAUCGUUAACGAGGAAGCGAGGAACAGGAAGCUGGCGUAACAUGAUCUCCUCAAUCUGUUUCCACUUUUGCCAAAAAUGUACAGAGCAUGCCCGCUCGUGCACACGCUUUUGUUCGCCACGCACGCACAGGUUUAUUUCCGCAUCCGCCUGCGAUUCCUUCGGAGUGUGGAAACGGCAACCAUGUGUGAUGUCACUUGGGAAAGUUGUAACUUUGACAACGUGCAUCACUGCAGUAGCUUCUCCACUCGUGUCAAACGACCUUCGCUCAUCCCUGUGUUGACCUUGACCGAGUGAUGAUCAAUCCACAGAUGGGAUGUCUUGUCUGUGGGAAGCACAAAAACACUCAGCAUGGAGGGCUUCAGAGGGUGUCCUCAGUUAAUCACAACAUGUAAAGUAGAAGUCAUGUGAGGACACGUGAACCCCCCCCCCCAAGCUCACCCCCACAUUCCGCUGCAGUGGCGAGAAUGUAAAUGAGGACGGAGCCGACUGCGGCGCGAAAAAACAAAGCAAAGAUUAAUCUAUGAAUAUUUAAUUAGCCGGAUGUUUGGUGGGCUUUGAAACGGCUCCUUGUGUUUUCAUCUGUUUAAUGUGUGAGGACGCUUCAGGUGAACAGCGGCGGGUCAAUUCAGGCGAGUGGACUUUGAAGAGAGGAGGGGCAUUGAUCCUUUGUCUUGCCGCCACUUUGACUCCUCGGGGAUCAGCUUCGAAUGAAAGCGGCGAGUCGAGUCAGGACACGAGGAGGUGGAGUUAUAAAUCAUAGCUCAAGUUUACUUUCGACACAAUUAAAGGGACACUUGUUUUUUUUUUUUAUUUGACAUUGAUUUUCUGUCACCAUCUCCGACCCCGCCUGUACGACAGUCAGCGUUCGUGUUCUUCAUGUUCUUCCUCUCAUGUUCCCAGUGCAUUGUGGGUGCUGUCACUGUGACAUGUGAUGUAACAUGCACGUCCCAUGAUGCACUGCAGCUGCAGAUGUUAAAGGCAGGUCAUGACGGGGCGUAGGCACUCGGGGAGAAUAAUUAGAGCGCCGCCUGACUCUUCACACGGCUUCAAACGCUCUCACAAGUCGACGGCGGCGGCGGAGCGGCUUAUUCCCAGCGGAUACUGAACGCAGCAUUGUGUGCGUCUUUGAACCCGCUCACCCUGUGCUCACAUUUAGAUCUGUGAGGUUACGCGGGGAUGUUGGACGCGGGCCCCGUUAUACGGCGUGCUGUCCUACAUACGCUCCUUGCUGAACUUCACCUGAACUCUGAGUCCCGUGCGCACGCCCCUGCACUUUGCUGCAGAGUGGGACAUCCACAGCGUAGAGGUUUUGACUUCAGUGUGGGAACCCAACAUGUUACCAUGGAAGCACCUGCUAGCCCUAGAAGUUGCCUUUUACUUAGAAUUCACUGCACUGUUGCCGUCAAACUUGAUGUCCAAGUUCAAAAAGAACACCAAGAACAUCAAUGCUGUGGGCCGCUUCGGUCAAAGAUGCCAUGCGAGUGAAGGAAUGAAACAGGAGGAGGUUUGACCCCCUCACGGAUCUCCAAAGCUGACCUGAUGACAACAGCAGCCAGCAGCUGAUUGAUGAUUGGUCAUCAGGCUCGCCAUGUCACCUGUCAGGAAGACCUCUGCAGAGGGCCUCGCUCAGACUGAGAAUGUUGUGGAAAGCCCAACUUUUUCCUGCGGCCAACUGACUCAGUGCUGCUGUUGCUGCUACUGAUGAUGAUGAUGAAUGUGCAAGCAGAUUCUUGAAAUGAGAUGCGAUGGCGUGAUGGACCUGACAGUCGUCAAAGACGCAGAAGAAAAAGUGCAAGAUCUGCACAAAUUUGCAUCUCGCAUUUCAUUUGAAGGACAGGUCCCAAUCCCCUGAAUGCACCUCAUGGUGUCUGAGUGACAGAACCGGUGCUCCACUUGCACGAGACGUUACGAGUGCACUCGUCCUUCCUGACUGGCUAAUGACUCCCCAUGCUGGAUGGUCAGUAGAAGAAAACACCAGAACAGAUGACGGCCUUCCUGUCAGGACUGGACCUGACCAGCUGGUUUUUGGAUGAAUGUCUGAUGUAUCCCAGCAUGCACUGUGCUCAAGUGAAAAUCACAUUAGUGUUAAAUUAUUACACUCUUAAACUCUUUAGAGCCUAGUAACGAGAUUACAUAAUGUUUAGCAUGAUUCCAGUAUUUACACAUUUAUGUGUACAUACUGUGUGUAUAUGUACAUAUAUAUAUGUGUGUGUAUAUAUGUAUGUAUAUUAUGUGUACUAUAAUUUUUUUGUUUUAUAAUUCUGCAUUUAUAGCACUGUGUAAACCCGCAUAUUUCCUUGUCAGUACUGCCACCUGGUGGCGGACUUAAACGGUAACAUUCAUGAAACCACGUGUCAGCGAAAAACAUAAACAGGAAGUGACAUUAUCGCAGGUUGUUUCUAAAAACAACUGCCAUUCGGCGCUUUAUUUAUCAAACGUGAUUUCCAUAAAAAGCACAAAGAAUAAAUGUAAUUGUACAUAGUAGUACAUUUUUGUUUCGUAGUUUUAUGUCAAACCAUAAUUUGUAUAAGACUGAAGAUCGUCUCGUGAAGAUGCAGAGUCACUCCGUACUGAAAUGGCUGCCUCCAUUUCUUUCUAUGGAAGUCUGGUGACCGGAUUUUGAAACGCAGUGCGAGUGCGUGCUCCUCAUUCAGUCCAUGACUUCGCCGUUGAACUAGCGACGAAACUAGAAGGAUGAUGGCCGAUCAGAACAUGGAGGCCAAACUAAAGAACCUGCUGAAACAGGAGAAGGUCCAGUUGUGGAAACCACCGUACACAGAUGACGGUGAGCAGCCUGGACAGCAACGACUACAGGAGCUGGCGGAGCAAUAUGCCCCCUUGCUGGGUCUUCCGGUGUCUGAGGUCGGAGGCGCUUUGGAGUCCAUCCGUCUUCAGGCGGUGAAGAGAGGCAAAAGGAACCAAACCUUCCGAGAAACCAACGUCGCCACGCUGGAGCUCCUUCUGCCCCGAGACUGCAAGAAAGCGGGCACUACAGGCAAGUCCAAGACCUUCAUGGAGACCAAACUGGACGUGUUGGUGCAGGUGCUGAUGGACAGGAUCACGGAGGAGUUCGGACUCAAGUCCUUCAAACUGAUUCUCAACGGCAAAACCUUGAAUGCAGCCCAGCGUCUGGACCAGCAGGGCGUGCAGAACCACAGCAAGAUGAUGGUGCUGAAGGUGAGCGAUGCCGAGUGCGCCCAGCAGGCCUGCGAGGAGGCCGACAAGGCCAGGAACCAGAAUGAGAGCGUGCAGCGAACCCAGAGAGGAUUCCAGAUCCUGUCGGAGAGAGAUGGCACCGAUGACCCUCACACCACACCCUUCCUGGAGGUGGCUGACCAGAAGGGGAACCCGCUAAAGAUCCCUCACAAGGAGAAGAAGGCACUCAUCCUGGCCAUGGGCUUCCAUGAGAAGGGGCGUGCCCUCAUGAAGAGAAAGCGCCAUGACGACGCACUGUGUCACCUUCUGCAGGCCGACCAUCACUUCAGCGAGUGCGGCUCGGCGCUGUUAGGCUCGGUGGACAACUACGGCGUCCUGCAGCUGGACAUCGUGUGGUGCUACCAGGCGUUGGAGGCGCUGUCCUGUCUGGAUGACGGGCGCGGGCGUCUGCUGCGAGCUGAGGACUGCUUCCUGCGAUGUUACGGCGAGCGGCAGCAGAGGCUGCUCAUGAUCAAGGGAAACACGGGCAGGGAGGAAGCGCUGUUUCUCCGCCUGUACCUCCUGCAGAGUCUGCUGGCUUUCAUCGAGGGAAACGAUCUUCAAGCCCGGCAGCAGCUCUCCAAAGUGGAGUCUCUGUAUGGACGCUUGUGUCCCGACUCGGACAAAAUGACGGAGCUGAUGCUGCUGGGCUUCAGCGAGAGAGAAGCUCGCCUGGGCCUGAGAGCUUGUCAGGGUGACGUCCACGAAGCCGCCAUGCUCAUCAGCAACCAGAGACAGGAGCGCGAGGAGCUAAAGCAGAGGGAGCGUCAAAAGAGGAAGAACAUGAUGGCAAACGUCUCGGUUCUCACUGAGGCGGGGUACUCCAAGAAGGAUGCGGCCAGGGCGUUGCACCAAGCCAACGGAGACGUGGACAAAGCCUUUGAGAUUCUGCUGGAUGCCAGCCAGGCCCUCCAGUCCAAUAACAACAUGGACGAGACGGCCAGUCCAGAGAAGCUGGAGCAGCUGUUGUAUUUGGGCUUCGAUAGAACGGCGUCCGAGGCGGCGCUCGCACUGACGGGCGGAGAUGUCCAAUCUGCAACUCAGCUACUUUUGGACAAUCAGGGCGUGGUCUCUGCCACUGCCACGCCCCCUUCAGAGGAGGAGCCCAGCACAUCGUCCAGCUCGACAGAUGACAGCGAGCUGGUCAACGAAGUCCUGGAGGACAUUUCCCGCCAUGAGGAGGACUACUUGGAUCUGACGCUGGAGGAGGAGAGCCAGCUCAUCGCCACCAUAAAGACCUACCUGAGCCGGGGGAGCGCACACACGGUCUAACACGCGCCGAUUGGUGAUUGGUAUUGAUUGUUGCUGAUUAUGAGGGAUUGUUAUUGAUUGUUGGUCAUUUGAUGAAGAGAACUUUAUUUUCUGAAGUAUUUUUGUUCUGUAGUAGUUUUCUUUCCAUGCCAAUGCGAAGCGAAGGCUAAUAAAGGAUGAUGGCGUCAUCUUUGUAACAGGAAGUCACAGUUGACACAGGAGACAUAGUCAGACUUUUAUUGUGUUGAAGGUAGUGGACUUCCUCCGAGGUCGUUAUUGGCUGAGGAUUGACAGAAAUUGACACAGGAAGUGUUUGAUUAAAAAACAAAGGUUUUCUGGUUUAUUAUAGCGACAGGCGAGGAGGUGACGGCGUUUAGAAGUAGUUGACCACUCGGCGGAUGGACUGGAUGUUGGGGUUCUGGGCCUGCCACUCGUUGUGGCUGCAGUACUGGCCGCGCUCCACCACGUACAUGCGCCCUCGGAAGUUGGGCUCCUCGUACAUCACCCAGCUGCACACAAGACAAAGCCGCAUGUCUACGUGUCCACACGUCUUGGAGUGUGUGUGUGUGUGUGUGUGUGUGUGUGUACUCACGCGCCGUCUCCGUACACCCUGACAGAAUUGAUGCAGUUCUUGGACAGGCCGCGGCUCUGCAGGAAGGGACAGUCGUCGCAGAUGUCCACGCACUGGCCGGCGAAGUUGCAUCCUUCAAAGAGCUCGAUGCGGUAGUGUUCUCCGUGCUGAAGGAACACACACAGCCACCUCAGAAGCUGCUAUCUUUGGUGUCACAUGACCACAGAUGGCGAGCGUUACCAUGCGGACUGGUUUGCAGGACCCCAUGUGGUCAUUGUGGGAGUUCCACCUCUGGAAUUCCGGAUACUCGCCGUGCUCCAGGAUGUACUGCUGGCCCUUGAAGUCGGGAUGGUCAAAGCAGAUCCAGGCGCCGCUCUCCACGCGGAUGGAGUUCACUCUUGACGGGAAGGCGUGACACGUCAGCACGCGACAACGCGCUUGUCAACACGCGUACCCACUCACCUGUUCAUGAAGCCACGGUCCUGGAAGUUGUCACAGUCACCUCUGACCUCCAGCUUCCUGCCAGUGAAGCACUUCCCCUCAAAGAAGGUGAUCUACAGCCCAAAGUUAUCGUUUCACUCUCCAGUGACUCUGAUUGAUUGGUUGAUUGAACGCGUGGGUGGGACUCACCUUUCCGGAAUACUGCGACAUGUUGUCCACUGGAUGUUGUCCAAGCACGAGCGCACGCACAGUGUAACCGAGAAAAAGUUGGACAUCCCAAUUUAUACGGGAGGGGGGACGCAAGGGGGGACUAAAACACAAAAGGGAGCUUGUGCCGACUCGACGCUUUCUGCCAUCCUGAUGUGUCCGCACAUUCUGCUUGUGUCCAUGAUGGCGCGUGCGAGUGAAUGGAAAGUGCACAUGUAAGGCCUCCGGUGGAGUGACGUCAUCACCACAUGGGCGGAGCCUUACAUUGAAUACAAGUGAAUUUGAAGUGACGCAGUGCUUCCUGAAGAUCUGCUAAAAGGGGCGGUGCAAGGAACUAAUAUUGGCACAGGAAGUCAAUUAGAAUCCCGAUGUGGACCAAAAAUGGCGUCUGUUUAGCGUUAAAAUAUAACAUAAAAUAGAAUUGGUUUUUUUUAGAUUUGAGAUGAAAACAUAAUGGAAUUAAUAUACUCAAAAAAUUGUGAAAUUCUGUUCUAUAUGAGCUUGAGCAUGUUGAGUGACGUCACCAAUAAUGGCCAUCGGGUUGGCUCGAGAGGCUUACUAUUUUUAUAUUUAUUAAUAUAAUGGACGUAGUUUUUUACGAUAACGAUGCAUGUUUAUUAAGCAAAAAUUGACACCCAAGAGAAACCUGACAGGGUUAAGUUAAUUAAAUCACAAAUCAGUGACGUUUACGUACAUUUUAUACGGCGAUAGAAAUGGCGUCUUUGCCAUUACUACUACUAUAUCUUAUCAACAAACAGAAAGUGUUUGUAAACGCUGUUGAUUAAAAAUAUGUUUGAAUAUUAAAAGGCUAAUAAGUUCCGUCUGCCACCCGAGGUGACCCGGAAGUGCUGCUGUCUACUGGAAAGAUUUUCCAGCGGGUCAACCUUCUUCCGUCCUCCUGCUCUCCUGUCGUUUUCAUGGCAUUAAUGUCGCUACGAGGUUUCACGCAAACCAGUCGGUGGUUCCGUUUCUCCAGCGUUCCUGCUUUCAAG